CCAACGGCACCGGCACAUGAGCCGCUCCUCUCUUCUCUGCGCACACCAAAACCGGGCUGGACCAUCAGGGCAUGUUCUGAUAAAACAUUUGAAUCCCCACAAAUACUUGAAAUCAAAAUUAAUACUUAUAUAGUAGGAAAGGUUCAUGUCGGGCAUUAAUAGGCAAAUAAACCAUAUAAUGGAGACGGAGAUCCUCGUGCCGAUCGGGUCGCCGACGAUCAGAAAAUUCCCGAUAUUCGUGGAUGAACAUAAUGUGAUGGAAGGUGCGAUGAAGCUGAUUAAAGAGCUGAGACCGGGUUGGGAACCGAACCUGGUCCAGACAAAGCUUUUCACAGAUGGCACAACUAACAAACUGAUGGGGUUUUAUAUGGAGGACCACCCCGAAGAUGUGGUGCUGGUGAGGGUGUACGGCAACAAGACGGAGCUGAUCGUGGACAGAGACAAUGAACUGAAAAGCUUCCAGGUUCUACACGCCAACGGUUGUGCGCCCAGGCUGUACUGCACCUUCCAGAAUGGCAUCUGCUACGAGUUCAUGCAGGGACAUGCUCUCGAUACUGAAGAUGUCAGGGACCCUGUGUUACUCAGACUGAUCGCCCAAGAAAUGGCCCGCAUUCAUGCCAUCCACGCCCACAACGGCUGCAUUCCCAAACCCAACUUGUGGAUCAAAAUGCGCAAGUACUUCUCGCUAGUGGCAACAGAGUUCACCGACCAAGCCUCCAACCUCAGAAUUCAACAGGAAGUGCCCAGUCAGGACGUUCUGGAACAGGAAAUGGCAUGGAUGAAGGAGCACCUGUCGCAGCUGGGCUCUCCUGUUGUGCUCUGCCACAACGACCUGCUCUGCAAGAACAUCAUUCACAAUGAAGAAGAAGGUCAUGUUCGGUUUAUCGAUUAUGAAUACUCAAGUUACAACUACCAAGCAUUUGACAUUGGAAAUCAUUUCAAUGAAUUUGCAGGCAUGAGUGAACCAGAUUUUAACCUGUAUCCCAGUCGAGAAAUGCAGUUGGACUGGCUACACACUUACCUGCAGGCCUACAAACUCUUUACUAAGAAAGGUGAGGAGGUGAGCCAGCUUGAACUCGAGACACUCUACGUGCAGGUCAACAAAUUUGCUCUGGCCUCACAUUUCUUCUGGGGUUUCUGGGCCCUGAUCCAAGCCAAGUACUCCUCCAUCGAGUUUGACUUCCUCGGGUAUGCCGUGCUACGUUUCAAUCAGUACUUCAAGACCAAACCUGCUGUAAUGGCUCUGGAGAUCCCCAAAUGAGAAGACCAGUCUGAGGGAGCGGAGAUGGGAUCUGCUGGCCUCUCUGUUGAUUGUUUGAAUGUGGAAUCAGAGGCCUUUUCAGACAGGGGAGGGUACGGGGUACAGCAAGGGCAGGUACUGGGCCCUCUUACGUUUGGCUGGCAGCAUGUCUGCCAAGUCUCAGUUCCACAAAUUCUUUAUUCCUUUCUCAAAAACAUGAUUCAUCUUUUGGGAGUCCACUUUUAGUUGAUCAAGUUUCCCAUCAAAUGAGUGUGUUUUGAUGUUUUAGUUACACUUUAUUUAUUAAUUGUUAUUGGGCACUUUGCACCAAAGCGAUCCUUGUGUUCUUGGAGCUGGGACUUUUGUGGAAAUUCUUGUUUUUGGUUUUGCAGUGUAAGUGUAGAUUGUCAAAAAGGAGGCCUAUUGUGAUGUUUAGCAAGGGGAUAUGUUGAUACUGCAGGGUUUAGUUCAUACAAUAUAAAUACAGAAUGCUGAUUCUGUCCUGCUGUGGCUUCAUAAUGCUUUUGUUAGACUGAUUCGGCCCACAAAUGCUCAAAAUCAGAUUUAUUUUAGAGCACUGUAGACAAGAGUGAAUUGGGUUAAUGGGCACAAAUCUGGGUUGCUAAUGCAAAGGUUUGAUUUAGAGCCAGUUAGGGGUCACUCUGGAACUAGACAGUUACUGAGGUCAAAAUCCUGCCCUAUCCUGCACUAUUAAGCAGUUAAACAAGUUACUAAACCCACAAUUAGUGUCCCAUAAGUAACUUUGGAGAAGGUCGCUCCUAAAUGGCAAGUAACCAAGUAACCAGUGAUGUAAAUCUGAGUUCAAUCUAGACAUUCCCAAGAAGUCAGGACCACGAGAUCCCUCGCUGUCUGCAGGACCACUUUUCCACCUCUUUAGCUUUUAUGGCCGUGAGGAGUUCUAUUGAAUUUUCCAUUCAUCACAGGCUGUGGAAUAUUACCACCUGCUUUCACCCCCUCCUUUUCUAAAUGUGUGUUUGCAUUACCUGGCAGAGCUUAAACUGAGAUUUAAAAGUCAUUAUCUGCUCAAUAAUCAUCUCUAAAGUCAAAAUACUCAGAAGACAGGACAAAAUUUAUGUGACAGUGUUGCAUAGUUUGAUUCAAGUCACCACGUGUGCAAACUUCAGUAGGGACUUUUUUUAAAUAAUAGUUCACUCAAAAAUUUUAAUUGUGUAAUUAUUUACUCGGAACCUAUAUGACUUUCUUCUUUGGAACACAAAAGGUGAUUUAAAAAAAAAAAAAGUUUGUUUCCAUAUAAUGACUGAAUAGUGGUCUGAACACGCUCAUAAAAGUACAAAACACAUAAUAAACCAUUGUAAAAGUUAAAGACUGAUACUAAAACCAUACUUGUGAACUAUAUUCUAAGUCUUUAGAAGAGGUACAGUUACUUUGAGAGUGAAUACAACUUAAAUUGUGCUCUGUUCAUCAUACAAAGCAGAUCAUUAAUCGAACAUUUAUUACAUAUUUAUACAGCGUCAUCAAUAACAUCAAACCUUCUCAUUGUGUCUCGUGAUCAAAUGUGCAACAUAAUGUCAUGAAGGCAAAUAACCAAAGAAAGUCAUACUGGUUUAGAGCGACAUGAGGGGUAAUAAAUAAAUAUAGAAUUUUUAUUUUGGGUGAACUAUUUCUUCAAGCAGAAAGAAUAAGAUUUUUGUAUAUAAAUUCAAAAUAUUGAUUGCGGACUAGAAUUGAGUAGGCAUCUCACUGGCAAAAAUCACCCAUUUUAAAACAUCUUGAAUUUCUAGUUUCAAUACUGUCAAUCUAGAAUUCUGUUCCCUAAUAGACCAUUUCACAUUUCCCAGUCUUGUGUUGUUUUAUUUCUUUGUUGGAAGUAUUAUGCUAUUUCCAUAAAUUGUUGUUCUGAAUAAAACAUCUUUUCUUUUUUUUUUUUCACGAAAGAUGUUCAUUGAAGUCACUCCUGCUGUCAUGUUGUACUGUAUAAUUAGAGGAUAUACAUUUGAGUCUGUAAAAAACAUGUCCGGGUCAUAUAUUCAAUAAUUAAUAUUUAACUUAAAGAAAACAAAGCCUAUUUUUAGAACCAUUGUGUUUUUCUUUUCUUUUUUUUUUUAGUAGUAGUAGUGUGAGACUAGUUUGACAAUUGAGCACACUUUCUCUCAAAUUCUCAUUUCCGUAAUUUGUCAUUCCCUUUACUGUUAUGUGAAAAAUAUUUUCUUAAAAAUUUAGUUUUUAUACAUCACAGUAGUUUUUGUUGUACUGAAUUUAAUUUGUUGAUUAUUUAUUUUUUUAUUAUUUUUUUUUAAGUAAAAAAUAAAUAAAUAAAAAUUAAGUAAUGAGAAUCUUGCAAGAAUCACCAUUGAGAACUAUGGGAAUUAUGAAAAAAAAAAAAAACUCUUUAAGUAAAACUUCCAGAACAUUUGGGAGAAAAUGUGUUUAACUGUCCAAAUAAUAUUCAUAAUGGUCCUAAAGUAGACUUAUGGGAGGGUUUGGGGGUUCAGUAUAACUGAAAACACUAUCUGUCUAGCUGCAGUUGGGGUCACAUUAUAAUCUCUGAGGUGUCUCUGGCUCUGUGUCAGGUGUAUGUUAAUAAUGAAAGCGUCGACUGAAAGCAGGAGAGGCCCCUCUACAAUACUAUGAAUUAUUCUGUAGCCAAUGUUUCUUGAAAGAGUUUGAUCUGACUGCUAGCUCUGUGCUGCUGGUUGUUUCCUUGUCUGAUCCAAAAUGAAUUGAUUUGCAGUUUUAAGUUGAAUCUCAUAAGGAAAUGUCCUCACAAUAAAAGGGAAAAAACAAGAAAUUAUAUUUGCAUAUGAAAAUUAAGCCUAUUUUUAGGACCAUAAAAAAGUGAUGCUUCGCAGUUUUUUAGUUAAUUUUUUAUAUAUAUAUUUAAAUCUUGAUACAUUCAGUAGUCAACAACAAACACUACAGUGACAUAUAAUUAAAAUGGUACUUUUAUGAAAGUACAUAUAUAUAUAUAUAUAUAUAUAUAUAUAUAUAUAUAAUCACUAAAAAGUAAUGGUCCUAAAGAUAUGUUUAUUUUUUAUUAUUAUUAUUUCUUUUCUGCAAAAAAAUAGUUUCUUAUUUUCUCUUUUGAUUUUGGGGGAAAUACGACCUGGACAUAUCUACCCACAGCUUUCAUGAGAUUCACCUCAUUUUAUGUCACUGUGUGGUUCUGCUUCUUUUUGAGAAGUGAAAAAUAUUCAUAUAGGUUGCAUAUUGCAUGAAGAAUGCUAUGAAUUUGACUGACAUGUUCUGAGUGCAAUGGCAAGCCAUCUGUGUAGAUGUACAUAUGUGAAUGUUUCCACCAAAGGCAAGACAACACUUUGAUUUGAAAAUAUGAAGUAAUUUAUCAGUUACUUUUUCUUUGUUAAGAUGUGAAGGAUUUGUAAUGUGAAGGGGGAAGUGUUUACAAGCACAAUUCCUGUUUCCUGUACAGUUUAACUUGGUUGAUCUGAGAUUAUCAUGUUUUCCACUUUAAUAUCAAUAUCCAACGUUUCAAUGUGGCCACAUCUUUUAUUCCCUUUGCUUUAAUGGUUCCAUGAUAAACAACUAUUCCAAAGUUUAAAAUCCUAUAGAUUUUGGAGCACCAACACUGUAUAUUAUCAUAUAUACAUUAGUUGUUAUUGUCUUUUUGAUUUGAAAUAACCUUGUAAAUUUCGCUUUUUCAACAUCUUACUCUCUUAAGGAGAAUGUUUACAGGAAGCAUCUUGGGGAUUUUUUUGUUUGUUCCUGUUGCAAACAUACCAAAUAAGUCGGCUUCACAACUUUGCGCUUUAUUUGAGAUGUCUUUUGAGAAUUUACACAAAAAAAAAAAAAAACUGAACAGAGCCUUUUAUUUAUUAUACUGUAUCUUUAAUAUUUUGCUUUUAUUUUGUAUGUAUGACUGAACUGGGAGUGUGAUAGGCAGUUAGGUUGACAUGGACCAGCAGGGGGCGCUACUGUAAUGCAGUGAUGCUUAAAUGGCAACAAUGAGGAGUUUGUAAAUACUGUGAAAUUGUGGAGGUAAAUAAAAAAAAUACUGUACAAUGUUUUCAAUUCUAUUCAAUUGUGGGGCAGAAUAUUUAACAAUUGUUCAAUUUUCUUUUUCAAUAAAA